UUCGGGGGAACAAAGAUUCAAGAGGUCCAAACGGAGUCCUACUAACCCCCCUUAUUCAACAAUGGCGUUAAUCAGGAGAAGAAAACAACAAAACGACGUCGAUUUACCCAGCACCGACGACAACGAAAACAAAAGACUAAAACGAGGAAGAAAGAAUUAUACAUGUUUGGACAAUUGCUGCUGGUCAAUCGGAUGCAUUUGCACGGUGUGGUGGUUACUCUUGUUUUUAUACAAUACCAUGCCGGCCUCAUUCCCUCAAUACGUCACCGAGAAGAUCACCGGACCUCUGCCGGACCCUCCCGGCGUCAAGUGUUUAAAAGAGGGGCUGGGACCCAAGCAUCCGGUCGUGUUUGUUCCGGGGAUCGUCACCGGCGGGCUCGAGCUAUGGGAAGGCCAUGAAUGCGCCGAAGGUUUGUUCCGAAAGAGGCUUUGGGGUGGCACAUUUGGUGAAGUUUAUAAGAGGCCAUCAUGCUGGCUACAACAUAUGUCUCUAGACAAUAUAACCGGUUUGGACCCGUCUGGUAUACGGGUCAGGCCAGUCAGCGGUCUUGUUGCUGCUGAUUAUUUUGCUCCGGGCUAUUUUGUUUGGGCUGUUUUGAUCGCUAACUUGGCCCGUGUUGGUUACGAAGAAAAGAAUAUGUACAUGGCCGCGUAUGAUUGGAGACUAUCAUUUCAGAACACAGAGGUAAGAGAUCAGACGUUGAGUCGUUUAAAGAGCAAUAUAGAAUUAAUGGUUCAAAUAAACGGCGGUGAAAAGGCUGUUAUUAUUCCGCAUUCCAUGGGCGUUCUAUACUUUUUGCAUUUCAUGAAAUGGGUUGAAGCACCUGCUCCAAUGGGUGGUGGGGGUGGUCCAGAUUGGUGUGCUAAACACAUAAAGGCAGUGAUGAACAUCGGCGGACCGCUUUUGGGUGCACCAAAAGCUUUAGCAGGCCUUUUUUCGGCUGAGGCCAAAGAUAUUGCAUUUGCCAGGGGGAUUGCACCAGGGGUACUGGACUCUGAUGUAUUUCACAUUCAAACACUACAACACUUGAUGAGAAUGAGCCGCACGUGGGACUCAACAAUGUCCAUGAUUCCAAAAGGCGGUGAAACCAUCUGGGGCGGCCUAGAUUGGUCACCCGAGGAAGGGUAUUAUCCAAAUAACACAACUUCAGUUUCUAGUCAAAACGAGUCAAAAAGUAAAGCAAGAAAUCCUAAUUAUGGAAGAUUUAUAUCGUUCGGGAGAGAUGCGGCAGAGUUACAUUCGUCAGAAAUCCAACGUAUAGACUUUAGGGGUGCUGUGAAGGGUAGGAACUCUGCAAAUAGUACAUGUCGCGAAGUGUGGACGGAGUAUCAUGAGAUGGGGUCUGGUGGUAUCAAGGCGAUAGCGGAGUACAAGACUUAUACGGCUAACGACGUUGUGGACAUGCUUCAGUUUGUUGCUCCAAAGAUGAUGGAGCGGGGCAACACACACUAUUCACACGGGUUGGCUGACAAUCUAGACGACCCUAAAUACGCACAUUACAGACAUUGGUCCAACGCCUUGGAGACAAAGUUGCCAAAUGCAGCCGACAUGGAGAUAUACUCCAUGUACGGCGUUGGCAUUCCAACGGAACGGGCAUACGUUUAUAAACUGACACCCGCAACAGAACGCUGCUACAUCCCAUUCCAGAUAGACAACGCAGCGGGAGACACGGGUCUAAAAGACGGGGUGUACACGGUCGAUGGGGAUGAAACCGUACCCGCAUUGAGUGCGGGUUUCAUGUGUGCAAAAGGAUGGAGAGGGAAAACAAGAUUCAAUCCCUCCGGAAUCAAAACUUAUGUUCGGGAAUACCCUCAUAACCCGCCCUCCAACUUCCUCGAGGGCCGGGGAACCGAGAGUGGGGCCCACGUUGAUAUUCUCGGCAACUUUCAGUUGAUUGAAGAUUUAAUUAGAGUUGCAGCUGGUCAACAAUUGGAUGGAGAUAGAGUUUCUACAGAUAUAUUCAAAUGGUCCCAAAAAAUCAACUUAAAAUUGUAAAUAAAAUAUAUUCUUAUUUUUAUAUCCAUCAAACCUUUUUUUUGUUUGUGAUGA